GGGCUGCGAGGGCAGUGAAAUGGCCAGCAAGGUCCAAGCCCCCCAGGGUCCCAGGUCUCAGGGCCAAGAGCCAAGGGCCAAGCAGCAGGUACCUAGUCCCAGCCCAGCCCGCAGCCCAAAGGCGCCCAGCCCGGAGGAGCCCAGCCCACUGCCCCAGCACCCAGCAGGUCGUUACUGGUUAAUUACUGGUUGCUGGUUACCUACUCGCUGCGCACCCACGCAGCCCGCACCCGCACCCGACCCGGCUCACUCUCUUCGCUCUCUUCGCUCUCGGCUCCUCUCACUCAAAUUCCUCUCCCCCUUCGUUCCUCCGCCUCCGUCUUCUCUCCUUCCCUUCCCCUUCCCUCUCCCAAACCUUCUAACCUUUUCCCACCCCACAACCAUCCACCUCCAACAAACCCCGAACGACGACGGCCUCCUCCCUCCCCAAAUCUCAGCUCUCCCAACCGCUGAGAUUUUUCCAUCCUCGCCGAGCACCCACUGCAUCGCACGCUCGUCAAUCGUCUCUGCAUCCAUUUGCACCCGUUUGCACCCUCGCCCGACCGCCUCGAUCUCCCGAGACGCCCACCCUUCAACACCAGCCGCCUUCUCGAACUCGAGUCUCUGCACGCGUUCAGACCGCCUCCACCUACCUACACUCGUCUUGCAGGUUAGCCUACCCCCAUAUUUCCUAUCCUGUCCUGUCUGCCUGCCUAUGCACUCGUUUGUCUCCUGUCUGUUCUGCCCCCUUGCCGUUUUCUUGCACGCGGGUUUUUUCUGCUGUUUGGGCACUGCCUGUUCAGUCGACCGGUUUCCCCAUGUCGACUUGCGUCGGAGUUUGCCUUGUGGCGUUGCCCGUUUGCCCACCGCCCUUCGCAAGCCUAGUUUUCUCCGGGCGACCCAUUUGCCCCUCUCGCUCAGCACACCGUCAUCGUCAUUCAUUCCCUCUUUCACUGCACCGCCUCUUCGCUCGUGCGACCUUAACUGACCCAUAAUAGCCACCUUCGGCUCGCAGAUUAAUCAACUUCCAAAAACCCCACACAGC